AUGCAAGCCGGGAAAUAUGCGCGAAAGGCGCUGCGCAAGACGAUGNGAUGCAUUGCCCAAGACGUCGCGAGCAGAAUGAGGCAGGCAGUCCUAUCACUGUUGCUUUGCGCCAGCACGUCAGCUAUCCUGUUCCCUAUGAUGGGAGGCGGCGGAGGAUGUUGUUGUCAGCAACAACAACAAUCAUGCUGCUGUGGUGGAGGUGGAGAUUCAGGCGGCGGAUUCGCUCAAUCCUUUGGCGGUGGCGGCGGAUGUGGAGGUGGAGGUGGAUGUGGUGGCGGAUGUGGAGGAGGUGGAGGUGGAUGCGGUGGCGGAUGUGGAGGAGGAUGUGGAGGUGGUGGAGCAUCAUAUGGUGGCGGAUACGCUGCCCAGCCAUCCUACGGCGGCGGCGGCGGAUGUGGAGGAGGAUGUGGAGGCGGAUGUGGUGGCGGUGGAGGUUAUGCUGCAGCCCAGCCAUCGUACGGCGGAGGUGGAUGUGGAGGCGGAUGUGGAGGAGGAUGUGGUGGAGGCGGAGGAUAUGCUGCAGCCCAGCCAUCGUUCGGUGGCGGCGGAUGUGGAGGUGGAUGUGGAGGAUGCGGACGUAAGAAGAGAGAGGCCGCACACGUUAUCUCUCACGAAGAUGUGAACAACUGCAAUAGCGAAGAGCUGCGAAUCCUUCUCAACGAGAAUGUGAAAAAAGACGUCGCUUCAAGCUUGGCUGCUGUUGGUGAGAAGCUCAAGGCCCAUAGCGACUACUCGGUGUUCUGCAGCGACAAGAAGCCACAAUUCAUUGCUGAAACCGACAACUUCUGUCAAGUUCGCGUCGGAGAUAUCUACUGCGUCGCACUUCGUCUAGAUGUGAAAGUGGAGAAGAAGCCCGAGGCAACCAAAGUCGAGCAUACCGCCACUGUCAAAGUCGAGGAGACCACCACUGUCAAGGUCCACGAUACCACCACCGUCAAAGUCCACGAUACCACCACAACCAACACCCACGACACCACCACAGUCAAGGCCGAGGAGACCACAACUGCCAAAGCCGACCAGGCAGCCGCAGCUGCAGUUGUAAAAGCUGAGACCCAGGCUGGUAUCGCUGCCACUGUCGAGAAGAAAGAGCCUGAAAAGCCUGAGGUCAAAAAAGACUAG